CAGCACCGCACGAACACAACAAUGGCGCCGCCCGCUUCGAAACGCAGAAAGCUCGAGCAGUCCGACGACGAGAGCGAGGGCAGCUUUGCUGGUUUUGACGAGGUUGAAGGCACUGCAUCAGAUGUCGAAGAGGCUGAAGACAGCGAUGCUUCGAUGGGAGCACCAGCCAGCGAGGAGGAGAGUGAUGAUGAAGAUUUAGAAGAAAGCGUUGCGCAGAAGAACAAGAAGACCGCCCCAGCUGCACCCGCUCCCGCACAGAAAACAUCGAAGAGACCAGCGGCGACACUCCAGGAUGGCAUCUACACGUCCGAGUCGUUCAAGUCGAACAUGUUCAAGCUGCAGGUCGACGAGCUUCUGGAGCAGGUCAAGCCGAAGUACGGAAAGAAGGAGGCACCGGCUGAGAAUGCUAUGCGUACGUUAAAGGACAUCAUCGAGUCGAUACCGAAUCGAGAUGCUCUGUCAAUCUCGGACGCUGAGAAAGCCCUCAAAUCCGCCGGCAUCGCCAUUCCAUUCCCUAGCCCUCGUCCACCGAAAGACGCAAAGUACAAGCUCUCGUUCGAGCGACCGUCAAGCAUCAACGCAACCGGCAGCUACCCCCUCAAGACGGCGACCAAGUCAGACGACGGCAUUGCGAUUGACCUCGUAGUCACCAUGCCGAAGUCGCUGUUCCAGGACAAGGACUAUCUCAAUCACCGAUACUUCUACAAGCGCGCGUACUACCUGGCUUGCCUCGCUGCCGGCAUCAAGGGAGCGAAGAAGCACAAGUUCGAGCUGUCGUUUGAGAGCAGGCACGGCAACCACCUCCAGCCCAUCAUCGUGGUGCGGCCGAGUGGAAAGGGCGACGCAGAUGACUUCACAAGCUCGAAGGCGAUCAUCAACAUAAUUCCUGCCUUGCCUGAAAAUGUGUUCGCGCAGAACAAGCUGCUACCGAAUUCGAAUGCGGUGAGGCCGAAAAGCGAGGACGAGGAGACUGAUAAGACGCUGCCGCCAACACCGUUCUACAACAGCACGGUCCAGUCAGACGCGAACGUCACUGCGUACCUCAAACUUCUCUACGCGACCGCCACCAAAGCCGAUGCUUUCAAGGAUGCUUGUGUUCUCGGUCGCAUCUGGCUGAAGCAGCGAGGCUUUGGAAGCCAGGUCCGAAAGGGCGGUUUUGGCAACUUCGAAUGGGCGGCUCUGGUAGCUCUCCUGCUGCAGCCGAACCAAACGACUGGUGCGCAACCAUUGUCCCCUGGUUACAGCAGCUAUCAGAUGUUCAAGGCUACGCUUCAGUUCCUUGCUCGUCAUGAUUUGAGCAAGAAGGCGGUGGUCCUGCAAGCGCACAACAUCGUCAUUCCUAAGGGCGACACCACGCCGGUUUUCUUCGACGGUCCUCGUGGUCAGAACAUUCUGUUCAGAAUGACGCAGUGGUCGUAUGCGGCCCUCCGUCAAGAGGCGCAGGCGACCGUGGACAUGCUGAGCGACACCGUUUUCGACCAAUUCGACUCGACCUUCAUCCUGAAGACAGAGCUCCUGCAGCUCAAGUACGACGCUACCCUCGAGAUUCCCCUGUCAGCACUUGGCCUUGAUUCGGCGAGCGAUGAGUACGACCAGCAGCUCAGCUCAGCUUGCCGCAAGCUCUACGACACAUUGAAGCACGCGCUCACCGACCGGGUUACAUCGAUAUCCUUCACGAUGCCACGAGAUGAAGCCUGGCCCAUCACUGCACGACGGCCCCACGAGAAGCAGCGUAAGAGCAUUCUUGUCAACUUUGUGACGGACCCAGCGAAUGCGAACCGAACGGUGGACCACGGGCCGGCAGCAGAGAACAAGCAGGAGGCAGCAGUCUUCCGCAAGUUUUGGGGCGAGAAGUCCGAGCUCAGACGCUUCAAAGAUGGAAGCAUCACCGAGAGCAUUGUCUGGUCUGUCAAAGAUGCGUCUUCCGUGCUCGAGCAGAUCGUGCGCUACGUCCUCCAGCAUCACAAGAUUGUGCAGACUGUGGAUGCGCUUAAAUUCACCGGCGAUGCUUUUGCUCACCUCGUCAACGCUGGACGCAUUCAAGGUGCUUCAGGCGUGGCCCCGUUCUUGCCUAUCAUGAAUGCUUUCGCUACAAUGGAGAAGGACAUCCGCGCCCUGGAAGACCUGCCGCUGCAGCUUCGUUCGAUCAGAGCUGCAGACGAGCAACUGCGCUACGCGUCUGUAGAGCCCCCGACCGCUGGACAUGCGCCUGCAUCGGUGGUCCUCCAGUUUGAGGGCUCUGGACGCUGGCCGGACGACCUGUGCGCUAUCCAAAGGACCAAGAUCGCUUUCUUGCUCCGCAUCGCAGACGUCCUGACUGAGUCAGAAUCAGAGUAUGUCUCGCGAGUUGGUCUUGAAAACCCAUCACAGCCAGCACAGAACCAAGCCUUCUUGGAUGUCACGUCAGCUGCGGGCUACGCGUUCCGAAUCCGCAUCUACCACGACCGCGAGGUGACCCUGUUCGAGCGCCAACUCAAGGACAAGACGCUCGAUGCGCCUUCUCGCGAAUCCGCAGCUGCAUCGCUCGCUCUGUAUAAGCGCGAAUUUGUGCAGUCCCCUCUCCACUCUCAAGUCCUGCAGACACUCUGCACCCGCUUCCCAGCCCUGUCGCCCUCUAUCCGCCUCACAAAGCGCUGGUUCGCGUCCCACCUCCUCUCACCGCACUUCUCCCCCGAGCUCAUCGAACUCCUCGUUAUCCGCACAUUCCUGCAACCCUACCCCUGGCCCGUGCCCUCUACCUCAACCACCGGCUUCCUGCGUACCCUCGCCUGGCUGGGCCGCUGGGACUGGCGCCACGAGCCGCUCAUCGUCGACUUCAGCUCCACCUUCUCCGCCAACCCGGCCGACCUGGAAGACGCAAGCCAGCAGAAGGGCAUGAAAGCCAGCGACCUCGAGCGCCUGCAGACCCGCUUCGAGGCCUGGCGCCGCAUCGACCCGGCCAUGAACCGCGUCGUGCUCUUCGCGGCCACCAACCUCGACGAAGAGGGCACGACAUGGACCGACAAAGCGUCACCCGAGAAAGUCGUCGCCGGCCGCCUGACUGCGCUCGCAAAAGCCGCCGCGCUCGCCCUCCGCACAGACGAAUCCCGCCUCCUCGCCCAAAUCAACAGCACCGCAGACCCCGCGCCUGCGCUCUCCCCCGAAUCCCUCUUCACCCCCACCACCUCCGAAUACGACAUCGCCAUCACCAUUUCCCCGAAACACACCUCGCACACCCGCAAAUCCACCUCUUCGCAGCAGUUCAAGAACCUCGCCCUCCAACACGCCGCGACGCCUACCCCCGCCGCGCCCCCGCUCCCCCUGCUCUUCGCACAGGACCUGCGCGCUAUCUACGGCGACGCGGUGCUCUGGUUCUGGGACCCUGCGUCGCUGGACCGUGUGCUGGGGCUGUGGAAUCCUGUGGUUACGGGACAGCGCGGGUGGAAGGUCAGGGUGGGGUGGAAUAGUGUGCCUGUGAAGGUGAAGGUUGGAGAGGGCGAGAAGGGAGUUGAAGUUAGGGUCAACCGGGAGGCGGUUAUUAAUGAGAUCAAGCGUUUAGGAGGAGAAUUGGUUUCAAAGAUCGAGGUUAAGAGUUCGUAGUGUUGGAUGAUACCAUAGACAGACCUACAAGAUACUUGGACAUGUUCAUUGCAUUCGUCGAACAUGACUGAAAUACACAUCACUCAUCUCAU